AAGGAAUAGCAGCUACUACUCGACCAACGGUACUAGCCGCCGCACUCCCGCCAUGUCGUGGACUUGGUAUUCACCCUUGAAGGAGGAGGCGUGGGACGGCGUGAUCGCGCCCAUGCCCCGCGACCCGGACUACUGCCCGUACCCCUACCCGCCGUCGUGGAAGCGGUCGCGCACGGUGUGCCAGCAGGAGGCCGACAUGUUCGCGGACCCGGAGAGCCACUGGAUGUACCUCGUCACGCGGCUCGGCGGAUUCAUGCCGCACCAGAACAACCGCGUCUGGCAGGCGAUCACCUACGGGAUCGCGCUGAAGCAGGCGGAGGCGCGCAAGGCGCUCGAGGACGAGGCGCUCGCGCGCCCGACGCCCCCCGUGCCGGGCGGGGUCGACGACGUCGCCGCGAGCGACAUCGUGUUCAUGACCGCGGACGGGCGCUGCGGCCUGCCGAUGAAGAUGCUGCUCACGGGGCGGCGCGCGCUGGAGCGCGGGAUGCGGGGCCCGAAGGUGCGCUGCUUCGAGAACUGGCCGAACGACACGGAGUGGGUCCGCAUCCAGUGGCCGGCGUACCCUGACCACGAGCCCACGCGCCAUAUCGUCGUCAGCAAGCGCAUGCGUUCGGAGCGGCCGAGGAGACCCGUCACACGGCUCGAGCUCGUCGUAGCCCUCGCGGGCGUGAUCACGCAGUACUACGCGGAGGUCACCAAGCUCGAGCCUACGCCUGCGUUUGCACACCUUGCGCUUGGACCCGCGGAGGGGUGCAUCUCGCUCUACGAGCUCCGGUUGAUGUACCUCCGCCCCGCCCCCGAUGGCGUGUUCGAUAUGGUGCUCGAGCUGGACACCGAGGACGAGAGCGCUCCGCCCCCUGCUGCCGAGGGCUCUUCCGUCAAGGACGCGUCGACAUCCGAGGAGCCAGAGGACAAACCUCGCUCCCUAAGGUCACAAUCCCCCAUCGACUCGAAGAAGAACAUCAAGCCUAAAUUGGCCCGACACUUAAUUGCCCCCGCCCCCCGCAUCUACAACAAGUACGGCCGACACACCGUGCCGUCCAUCUUAUGGGAUAGUGAACUGGAGGGGACAUUCGAUCUGCCAUCAGGCUCAUUCAACUUACGCCCGCCGGCACGGGAUCCCUUGGAGGCGAGGAUCGGCUUGCCAAUAAAGAGUAAUAUCGUCUUUUGAGCCUUUUUCAGGCUAUACCACGACUAUAGCACGUGGGGGCUUCCGCACCUUCCCUGCCGUGUAUGAAUCUCGUGCAUACAUGUAAAGUCCUUGAUCCCCAUCUUUCUCAUACUGGCCGGAUGCAUCUUAGCUACGCGCCCUCGCAGCACUGUACAGUACCAUCUCAUCAGACCAUUUUGUUGUACGCUGCCCCGAAU